UGAGUUAGUUGGUUCCAGCAAAGACCAGAGAGGGCAGCAGAGCUCGCGGCCAUUAAAUGAUGUCACGAAAUCUGACGAAGAAGAAGAACAGGAAGUGUCUGGUCUGAUGUCCUUGUGCUAGAAAGACGACCACAGACGACGUUAACUAUGAAUAGAGGCGUAUUUGCCCUCCAGCAGGUGGCGCGGCGGACCUUCUGCAACUCUGCUCGGCGUCAGGUGGAGAACAAAGUCCCCAAGAACCAGAAACGGUUCCAGGAGGACAACGGGCUCCCCGUCCAUUUAAAAGGUGGAACGAUCGACGCGCUGUUGUACAGAACCACCAUGACGUUGACUGUCCUAGGUGCGGGCUACGCGGUGUACGAGCUGGUGAAAGCAGCAUACCCUCAGAAGAAAGACUAACGCCGACGUCCCCCGUGUGUUGUAAAAAUGUUCAUGGGAUAAAUAUUUAUUCCUUCCUGAGGAUCAAAUAAACUACUAAGCUUGUUCAUAAACUUA